GUGGCUUUGAUGAGGCAUGCAGUGGAUAGUUGUGAGGUGGAUGACAUAAAGAAUGGAAAAUGUUGUUCUUUAUUAUUACCAUGGAAGAAAGAAUCUCUUAUUAUGAACUGCUGCAAGCAACAGAAAGAUUCGAUGAAAGCAAUUUACUUGGCACUGGGAGUUCUUGCUCUGUUUAUAAAGGAAUUCUUAACAAUGGGAAGGAUAUCGUUGUCAAGGUGUUUAAUAUGCAGCUAGAAGGUAUUUCAAGAAUAUUUGAUGUCGAAUGUGAGAUACUACGUAGCAUUCGACACAGGAAUCUGACAAGCGUCAUAAGCAGUUGCUCCGAUGAAGAGUUCAAGGCAUUAGUACUUGAAUAUAUGCCAAAGGGAAACCUUGAAAAAUGGUUAUAUUCCCACAGCUAUUGCUUGAAUAUGAUGGAAAGAUUGAAUAUAAUGAUUGAUGUUGCAUCUGCUUUGGAGUAUCUUCACCACGGUUAUUCAAUGCCCAUUGUCCACAGCGACUUGAAGCCUAGUAAUGUGCUGUUAGAUGAAGACAUGGUUGCCCAUGUAAGCGACUUUGGGAUAGCAAAGUUGUUAUGCGAUGGAGAUAGCUUUGUGUUAACCAACACGCUAGCAACAUUCGGUUACAUCGCUCCAGAGUAUGGCUUGGAAGGGCUAGUUUCAACAAGGUGUGAUGUGUAUAGCUACGGGGUGAUGUUGAUAGAAACUUUUACGAGAAAAAGGCCUAGUGAUGAUAUGUUUUGCGGAGAUAUGAGCUUAAAGAGAUGGGUAGAACUCUCACUUUCGGAGAUCCCGGAUGAAGUGAUAGAUGCCAACUUAGUCAUGAAUUUGGAGGAAGAAAUGAUUGACAAGAAUAUGCAGUGUGUAUCAUCCAUACUUGAAUUGGCUCUGAAAUGCGCUGCCGACUCUCCCGGGGAUAGAAUCAACAUGAAACAAGCACAUGCGGAGUUGCAGAAAAUCAAACAUCGAUUUUCCCAAUGAGAUUCAAGUAAGCUAUUUUAAAGUUCUAUGUUAUUUCUAAAAGCAUAUUGAUAUCCCAAAUUUCUAUGGCAAAGUUAGCUAAUGAAGUCUUCUUCAUUUGGUGGCUUUGAUGAGGCAUGCAGUGGAUAGUUGUGAGGUGGAUGACAUAAAGAAUGGAAAAUGUUGUUCUUUAUUAUUACCAUGGAAGGUAUGCUAUAUGUGGAAUAAUUGUGUCUCUGUUUCUUCUUAUGCUUUAUCCAGUAGUAUUCUAUCUUUUCAAGACCUUUUUUCUUGUGUUUUACUUUCUAGUUAUUAAUGAUUAAUGAUAAUUUAAUUAUGUACUCUUAUUAAUUUGUUGUCUUAAUGCGAAAGUAAAAUGUAAUAUAAUUUUGAAAUUAAUAAUUUAAGAUCGUUUAAAACGUAAAAAUUAUUUUUUUUCGCUCUCAUUUAUCUCUAAUUUAAGUAUCAUACUAUUUUUUCAUUUUAUUUUCGUUUGUUGGUGAAAAAGAUAAGUAGAUAUCAUGUUUUAUCUUUCAAAAAAGUUUAUCAGAGAAAUCAAGACGCGAUAGCUCAUUGCUUCACUAAAGCUGAGGUGUUGCUACACUUCAUGUUUGGAAUGAACGCUCGUCGUUUGUGGAGGGUCAUCUCCAUGCUCCAUGUUCGUGUGAUUAAUAAAAUCUCUCCUUUUCCUAAAAAAAUGUAAUACCAUUCAUUUUUGUUUAAAAACUUAUGCAUAAAAACAAUAGGUUUAGACAAUCCAAAAAUAAAUAAAAUAAUAAAUAAUAGUAUAAAUUAAAAAAUGAUUAUUUUUUAAUCUUUGAAACUUUUAUUCCGAAGCGCGGAUUUUGCAUUGGAAUACCUUGGAAGCCCUCUGUCACGUAUCACAAUUUUGGUGCGCCACAUGGACAAAAUAAUAUGUUUACUUAGAGAAUUAUAUAUAUUAACGCUAAUAACCUAUAAUGGUUUGUUGUUAGAAUGGCCCACAGUGCUGUUAUUAAAUAUUAAUUAACCUAAAAUAAAACUUAAUUAUUAAUUUUAAAUUGAGUUUAUUAAUCUCCCUCCACCCCAUUACAAAUAUCUCGAUUUUUAUAAUGGGAUGUCCUAUUACAAAUGUCUCAUUCCAUUUUUGGCAACAUAUUCUCUCUUAGAUGCCCCAGCUUUGCCUCUUGAUCAGUUAAGCCUCAUAGGCAAUAGAUAAUUAAAUUAAGUACACAUAAAUAUGGUGCUUGCUCAUAUGAUAUUAAGACGGUGUAUAUAUGUUUUGUGGGUUUCAACUGAGAGAAUUAAAUUGAAUUGAAACGCAUCUAACUAUCUAGUUUCGUCAAAUUAUUAUAAAUACUUAAAACAUUCAACACUUUAUAAAACAUUCAAAAAAGAGAAUAUUUCAAACACUUCAAUUUGAUCUAUAGUUAAAUAAUCAUGAUUCAAAUCCUAUUUUUCUUCGUUAUUGGUGGAGUAAUAGUGAAUGAAUCUCAAGUACAUCGUCAGAUCGAGUGGGUACACUUGCUUCAGCAAAUAAAAAAACCGAUUUUUGCCACAAUAAUAAAAUAGUAUCAGUAUCUUGUUGUCAAACGAUUCUUAAAGGCAUAUGCAAUGAACAAGUAUCAAUUUCAGAUGAUUGUUGUAAUUCAUUUAAUGGUCUUAGUUAUUUAAUUAGUUUUGAUGCAUUUCUUAAUGCAGCCAAGGCAGAAUAUCAAUCUUGUGACCCUGACCAUGGGCUAAAGAAUUUAUCGAUAAUUUGCAAUCCUUGAGAAUUUACUAGACUGUAACAUCACAAUAAUAGUGAAUAAUUUUUUUUUCUUCUUUAUUUUGAAUUCUCAAGAAUUAUCUUUUGCUUUCAUUUUAAUUAGUGUAAUUAAUAAAGGAUGUUUUGAUGAAUCGGAAAAUAAGAAACUCAGGAUUGAAUUAUGAGAAAUUGUCUAUAGCAUUUUUAAUAAAUGCAUAAUGAAACAUAUGUGUUCUAAUUAACUUCUAAUGUUCAUUGGUUUUGACUAUGCAACCAACUCUUAUAUAAUUUUAUUUUAAUGGAAUUGCAAUGUUGAUUAAUGAUAAUUUAAUUAUGUAUCUUAUUUAUUAGUUGUCUUAGUGCGAAAGUGAAAUGUAAUUAAUUUAGGUUGGACUUGGGCUGUUUUCUGGGUUGGAUUCUGAACAUGUAUAUGGGCUGGAUUGUCAAAAUCAAACUUUCAUCUCAGUUGUUUCUUUGGCCUUUAUAAUUGUCAAAAAUAAAAGAAAAGAUAAGACGACUAGCAGAGAAGUUGAUGAGUUGAUAUUCAUUGUGCCAGAAAGAAUCUCUUAUUAUGAACUGCUGCA